CUCUCUAUUUAGCAGCAUCUCUGUGAAGUCGAUGGACUGUCUGGCAGAGCUGCGAGCACUGGAGCAUGCUGGGAGUUUGAGUUCUAUAAAGGGCGGGCGCCAUGACUCCUCUCAGGAUGACUUCCUGUCUCCGUGCAGACUCAAACACAAAGACCUCCACAGACCCUCCAUCUCCACGGCAACGCCGGACAGGAGGAGCACACAGGACAGCACAUCGUGGCACGCCGCCAGCAGCGACCAGCAGGACGACCUGAGGGAGGUAGAGGGAGAGAGGAAGAGGUGGAGCGAGUUCAGAGACAGGAAGAGGACGAAGACGCUGACCGUCCUGCAGCUCCGAAAACACAAUCCAACAGAACCCAUCGUCUUGUCGAGUGAAGAGGAAGACGAGGGAGAGGAUGAAGGAGAUGGGGGGCGGCGUCUCGACUGGGAAACUCGGAGCAGAAAUGGGAAGCAGACAGGCUCCCAUACAGUGGCCAGUUUAUCACCCCUAUCCAGCAGCCCAAGGAACCAACCCCUUUCACAGUCGAGCGCCACCCCAAGGUCAACAGCUUGUAUCCCUCCACACCGCAUGCACUGGACUUUGCACGUUGACCCUACAGGACGAGACCUUGAGUAUUUCCAUCACUUUUCUCCCUUUGUAGGACAGGCCUGUAGUGUUUUUGCGUGCACCAUUUUGCUGUGUAAGCAGGGGGGUGCUCUAUUGACACAUCAAUUGGGCCCAGUAGCCUCCAGCUUGUUCCAGCAACCUGACUCCGCCCCACACCUGACUCUCUACACCUGUGAAGGUUACGAGCCUAAAGACUUAGGUCCCAUAGCAAAGACCUUACAGACUCUGACUCCAACCAUCUCACAUUUGUACCAAGGAAUGGUGUACUCUCACUAUGAGGGCGUGGCAUGGACAGUGACAGUAGAUGACUCAUGGUUAGCUGAUGACGAAGAUCCUGUAUGUACCAUUUCACCUUUCAAAAACACUAACAUGUCUCACCCUCUUUCUCUGUUUUCAGUUUCUGUUCCUCCUCAGUCCCCUGCCACAGCGGGAGUCCCAGACACAUUGUGGUCUCAGUACUCUAAUGAGUGUGGCCUAAUGUUGUCUCACCCUCCUGUGUCAAUUCCUGUAAAACUAGGUCCUGCUCCCAGAAAACAACAGUACCCCCUCUCACAGGCCUCUCUGGAAGGCAUUAAGCCCGUCAUCACUACCCUUUUAAAACAAGGAAUUUUGGUGCCGUGUCAAAGCCCCUGUAACACCCCUAUUUUACCUGUUAAGAAACCUAACUCCCCUGACUGGCGCUUUGUUCAAGAUCUCCGCCUGAUCAAUGACUAUGUGGCUCCCAUGACUCCUGUAGUACCCAGCCCCACCACCAUCCUAACCUCUAUUCCUCCCUCUACUCAGUGGUACUCUGUUGUUGACCUCUGUUCUGCUUUUUUCAGCAUCCCUGUCUCCCCAGAGUCCCAGUACCUGUUUGCUUUCACCUACGGUGGGCAUCAGUACACGUGGACUCGCCUCCCACAAGGUUUUAUUCACAGCCCCACUCUUUUUGCCCGAGCCCUUCUUACAGAUCUAGCUGACGUUCAACUCCCUGGAGGCAGUGCCUUGAUCCAGUACGUGGACGACCUGUUGGUAGCCAGCCCCACCAAAGAGGCAUGCGAAACGGACACAAGAGCUCUGUUGUUGUCAUUGGCUGAGAAGGGACACAAGGCCAGCGCCACAAAAGCCCAGCUGGUGCUACAAGAAGUGACCUACCUGGGCCAUGUUCUCAAAGGUAACACCCGCCAAGUCAGCAGUAAACGUGUUUCUGCUGUUUUGAACAUUCCAAAACCCCACACCAAGAAGCAGCUGAAGUCGUUCCUGGGCAUCCUCGGGUACUCCAGACCAUGGAUCAUGGAUUUUGCCCCUCGAGCCAGGCCCCUUCAAGACAUGCUCCUGCAGGCCGCUCCUGAGCACCUCCAAUGGACGGAGGAUGCAGAGACAGCGUUCACUGACUUAAAACAAGCACUUUCACAGGCCCCGGCGCUGGGUCUCCCUGAUUACAGCAAACCUUUCCAGUUGUACGUUCACGAACGCAAUGGGUUUGCCUCUGGUGUUCUCACUCAACAACAUGGCUCUAACAAACGCCCAGUAGGUUACUAUUCCACACGCCUUGACAAUACUGAGCUGGGUUUGCCCCCGUGUCUCCGAGCUGUGGCGGCUGCUGCUUUCAUGGUAAGAACCGUGUCUGAUCUGGUACUGGACUCUCAGUGUGAACUUUAUGUUCCUCAUGCAGUGAGUGCUCUGCUUACCAGAGCCAGCACACAACACCUUUCCGCAGCCAGACAGAGUCAUUAUGAAUUGUUGCUGCUGUCUAUGCCUAAUCUUACUAUUCACAGAUCUCCAACUCUCGAUCCCUCUUCUCUCCUUCCAACUGCUGCUGACUGUGAGCCCCAUGACUGCCAGGCGACGGUAACAAUGACCUACACUAUUCGUGAAGAUCUUUUUGACACCCCUUUGUUUAACCCUGACCUUACCCUGUUCACUGACGGCAGCUCUUCUAGAAACCUGCAGGGCACCCUUGAUUCAGGUUGGGCUGUAGUUUCUUCCACUGACACCCUUCUUUCAGGUAAACUUCCAGACCACUUCUCUGCUCAACAGGCGGAGCUAGUGGCUCUCACUCAGGCAUGUACCUAUGCAAAGAAUAAAUCUGUUAACAUCUACACUGACUCUCGGUAUGCUCUAGGUGUCUGCCUUGAUUUUGGUGGAAUCUGGAGACAUCGCGAUUUCUUAACAUCUGCAGGUACCCCUAUUAAAAAUGCUUCCCUAGUAGAGGCUCUCCUAAAAGCUCUCUUUCUUCCUUCUACAGUUGCUAUUCUCAAAUGUGACGCCCGUACAUCUUCCAAAGACCCUGUGAGACUCGGUAACGCAAGAGCUGAUACUGCAGCAAAAGCCGCUGCUGUGUCAGGAGCCCUCGCUCCCGUGUUGGCGACCUCAACACUGGUUUCUCCCAGCCCAGAUCCCUCCGUCCAUGACUCGCUCCUCCCCUACCUCUUACAGACUGUUCACGGUGUGGCUCACGUGAACAAAGGGGGGAUGGAAGCGAUAAUUAGACGUGUAUGGUUCGUGAAGGACAACCACAACCCCUGA